ACAGUUCAGUUAGCAACAUUGCAGUGGUCAUACACACAAUGCUGAAAUUUAAGUGGAUUGCAGUUUUACUCUACACCUUCAGUUGGAUCUCUUCCAUAGUCACACAGUUUUAUGCUGUGGAGGUUCAGGCUGGUGAAGAAGUCACACUGGAGUGCUCCAACUUUAGCAGACAUCUUGGUCACAUAACCUGGUUCAAAAUGACCAACAGACCCAACGUGAGCAGAAUCUCAUCUAUGGUCAGUGCUGAAGGAAAUGCUUCUCUCCAAGAUGGUCUUCAAGCUGGCAAAUUUAACAUGACGUCCAACACCUCUGUGCUGUUUCUCAAGAUCAAACAUCUGGAUUCAUCUGACUCUGGCUUGUAUUUCUGUGGAGAGUACAAAAAUGAAAAGACGGUAAUUUCAAGUGGAACAUAUUUAAAGGUGCAAGAUGUGUUUGAUGGAUUAACAAAUGUGAUGCCUGUGAUCCUGGGCAGUUUAAUUGCUCUCCUUCUACUGGUCAUCAUUGGUCUGGCUGUCCAACUCAGGAAAUUUCACUCAGCUCAAGAUGAUGGACAGAAUCCACAACAGAGUGAGAAUGUGGACUCUGAUGACAUGAACUAUGCAGCACUGAAUUUCCAUCCCAAAGCUAAAAUCAGAAGGCCUGUACCACAGAGUGAGAUGGACACAAAUGUGGUGUAUGCUUCUACGAAACACUUGAAAAACAACAGGAAGAUCAGCACAGAGUGAAAGCUGGCACACUGAUCUCUCGUGAGGGAUUUGACACAUACACACAUGCAUAUAUUCAGUCCUGUUUUUUGAGUAUUAAAAUCUGAUGAACUGAACGGACGAACAUGAAUAUCUCAAGGAUUAUAAUAUAUAACAUGAUUAUAUUAUAUUUUAUUAUAUUAUAACUGAAUAACACAAUAAUGAUAAUAUUAUUUACACUUUUCAAGCUUUAACUAUCAAAAAGAAAGAAAGAGCAACCCAAUUUUGGGCCAUUUUCACAACUUUCUAGUUGUAACUGUAACUGAGAAAAUACCUUUUUUAGCACUAUCUGAAAAUUCAGUUUCUAUUUGCAUGUAAAUUAUUAUAAUAAUAUAUAAUAAUAUUAAUUUGUAUAAAUUUUUAUUCUAAAGUAUUAUUCUAAGGUAAUAAGAUAAAAGGUAAAAUGAAAUAUGUAUUCUUUUUUAAACUAAAAAGAUAUUUCUACUAAUUAAGCAAAUAGCAAACUGAAUUUGUUAUAACCUAAUUUCACACACACACACACGACUUCUCUGAGAAAUCAAGCAUAACAAGCAACCACUGUUUCACACACUUUGGCGAUCUUCAAACUUCAUGUAAGAGAUUUACUUCUCUGCAGCUCCUGUAAGUCCUGGAACUGAAAUACCUACAAAUCACUGAUUUUAUUCAUUAUUCUUCUCUUCUUUUGCUAAUUUGUUUUCUUUAUUAUCCAAAGAAUUUAUGUCUCUUUUGUUUCAGCCCAGGCAAUACAGUUUGGUGAAGAAUUCAAACUGCUCUACUGCAAACUUCUCAGAUAUUCUGCCUUAGAUACAUAAACAGAAGCAGUCCUAUUUGUCUGACCUACAUGCUCAGAUUUUAUUAGCAACAUUUAUAUCUACAUUCAACAAAGUAUUCAAAGUAUUAAUGUGAUAAUGGCUAUAGUAAGUAAUAAAUUGGGCACAUCAUUUUUAUCAUUUAGGUGGAAAUAAGAAUCUUAACAAAUAAUGUAGAGAUGUGAAUAAACAGGUGACACAGCAUAGCAAACACAGACAUUUGAAAUAAAUUAAUGCUUAUCUUUAAAGAAGACCUUUCAUAAAUCUCCUUACCAUCUGUCACACAUAUACUGGUACAUUUGUGUAUGUUCAUAUUAAAGAUGGCCAAAGUUUCAGAUAAUGAGGUCGUCUUACGUACGAAUAACCCCUGUGAGUCAUAAGUACAGACGGCUGAUUGUUCAGAGAUAAAUUUAGUCGUUAAACCCUUGCAUCAGUUUGAUGUCACAGAUAUAACUAAUCUCACCUACACAGGUCUGGUUGGUAAAACUACAGUUUAUGACGGGCAGCCAAUCAGAAAGCUAGCGUAAACGGACAGUGAGGGCAUCAGGAGGAUUAGUUUAAAAGGAAAUCAUGAAAAACUGCUUCAGUAGUUGCCAAGAAUAACUUUAUGAUGAUGAGCUUAAAUGCCCUCUUCUGAGAGCUAUUAAGCUCUGUUGUUUAGUUGCAUCUCAUAAAGGGAAAUCGUGUUUGACUCUUAUGACUCAGCUCUUGAUCUAGACUCUGAUGAUCAUCAGGAUGUAACACUUCAUCUGCAUGGAACAAUUAAAACCAGGAGGCAUGCAACAGGGGAGAAAUAAGAAACUCGUGUUAUCCAUGCUGCGACCAGACAGCCUGAACACAACCAACUUUUUAAGAUAGCGUUGAUACGUUGUGUCUGUCCCAAAAAAAUAAGAUCGCUUCUGUAUUGUGAUUAAAAGUUAAGCUUGUAAUAAAUAUGAUGAACAUGAUAUUGUUGUCUUUAUUAAUUUUGAUGUUGAAGGACAUAAGUCAGGACCUUAAAGACUGUCAAGUGUUUCUUAAGCUGAGAGUUAGAUGGAGGUUUGUCGAGGAGAGAGUGAGAUAUACAUCAUGAGCAACAGGAAACAAUAACACGGUGUGGUCUGAGCAAAGCUGACUUUGAGAUCGUGAGGUCUGUCACAUCAAAUAUCUGUCUCUUGUUUGUCUGUUGUUGUCUUGUUUGGGGUUUUUUCUAAAUAAAAAAAAUUGUUUCUCAGCAGAACCACCUGUCUUCAGUAUGCUAUGACAGAGCAGGUGUAACGCUGGUGUAAUGAGUGUUCUUUGAGUUUGGACAACAUUUCUGAUGCUGCAACACAAAAUUUAUAAUAAUAAUAAUAAUAAUAAUAAAGUAUAACAAUCCAGGAAAUGAUGUAUGCAAUGUUUAUUGUAGAUUCAUAUCAUUUGUUGGAACAUUUUCAAUAUAAUUAUCCGAUAAAUAAUAUAGCUGCGGAUGCAUAUCCAUGACGUUUGUGUCAGUGCAAUGCACAGUCACAGUAUAUGAAUGCAGCUAGUUAACAGAGCCAGCUAGCGUUAUGUGAGAAAUAGCACACAGUGCUUUCUCACCUCAGAUGCUAAAACCCCAACGUGGUGACCCACAGAAUGCAAGCGCUCAGGCGUUAAGAUGGAAACUUUUUUAUAGUAUAUUAUUUAUCGGAUAAUUAUAUUUAAAAUGUUCCAACAAGAUGAACAUCAUGGACAAGUCGGGUUUAGUACUGUCACGUGAGGCCGAGCAGUCAGCUAGAAGCCAGAGCUGCCUACACUGACAUACCUGUCAAUCAAAGUGACCAAGUCCAUCAUUUUAAGCCUUAAGAAUGUCUAAAUAGAUGAGGCAGUCUUGGGGAAAUUACUCCUUUUAGAGCCAUAUUUAAGAGGACAUAAGAACUGCAGAUUUUAGCUCUUUACUAGUUGGUUUCAUUUUCCAGCCCCAGAAAUUGCUCUUUAAUUACAACUUAUAUAUUUACUAGUUGUACCGAUAUCGCCCUCUAGUGGUCACAGCAAUUAAAACAUAUCUAAGAUAGUGGUAAAAGAUACACAAAGUCUGUUUGGGGACCAG